UUCCGUUGCUCCACAAUCGCUCCGAUUUCAAAGAUUUCCACCACUUAAAUUUUCUGGUUUUGUGACUUGUUAUUGCACGAUCGAAAUGUCUUCCCCGAGCAAGAGGCGAGAGAUGGAUGUGAUGAAGUUGAUGAUGAGCGAUUACGUAGUGGAAACACCAAACGAUCGGCUGAACGAGUUUAGCGUGGAGUUUCACGGUCCAAAAGAAAGUGUUUAUGAGGGCGGUGUGUGGAAAGUUCGUGUUGAACUCCCCGACGCUUAUCCUUACAAAUCUCCUUCAAUCGGAUUCGUGAACAAGAUCUUCCACCCCAAUGUCGAUGAACUGUCGGGUUCCGUUUGCUUGGAUGUCAUAAACCAAGCCUGGAGUCCAAUGUUCGAUCUUUUAAAUAUUUUCGAAGUUUUCCUUCCUCAGCUCUUGCUUUACCCGAAUCCUUCGGAUCCACUAAAUGGUGAUGCGGCUUCAUUGAUGAUGAAGGAUAAGCAGCAGUACGAAGAGAAAGUCAAAGAGUACUGCGAGCGUUAUGCGAAGAACAACAGCAAAUCCGCAGGUGAAGAAGAGGAGAGCGGUGAGGAAGAUAUCAGUGACGGGCAAUACACUUCGAGUGACGAUGACGAGAUUCCCGGGCAUGCGGAUUUAUGAGGGCGAUUGGUUGUUUAUCAGUUAGGCUUCUUCACGAUACUUACUAGUUGUAUUAUAAAGGUUUUAUAACCAUCAAACUCAUGUUUGAACUCCCGAUUGUCGAUGUUGUAACUACGAAACCGUCUUCAAACUUGUAUACAAGAUACCGAACACCGCAAAUGUAGAUUAUUCGGAAUUCAAAUGUGGUUAUAUUGAGUGAAUUCAAUGGGGGCUGAAUCCCUUUUUGUUCU